AUGGCGGAUGUGGAGCUGGUAAAGAAGAUGCUGCGGGCAGUGCUGCAGACGAGUAAGAGCGGGAGCAUGACUCUCACACGCCUGCAGGGCGAAUAUAAGGAACUGACGGGCGAGCCCGUCCCUCACAAACAGCUGGGUCACCCCACCGUCGACGCCCUUCUCCAGACCAUGCCUUCCGUGGUCCGUCUGGACCGGAACCAGUCCGGGGAGGUGAUGUGUUUCGCUGUGGUGAGUCACGAAAUGGCCCAGGUCACCAAACUGGUGGCGCGGCAGCGGACAGCCAAGAAGACGGGCCGACCGCAGGUGGUGAACUGCCAAAUGAGAGUGAAACCCGCUGCUCCCCUUGUACUGAACGCAAAGCCCAGGACCUCUCUCAGGCAACCUGACCAGAGAGGGAGACUGGGGCGCGGAGGAGCACGGUCUGGGGGUUACGGGGACGGUCGGCAGGGGAGCAUGAGGGAACAAAACAAACCCCCAAACACGCCGACAAGAAAAUCCUCCCUCCCAUUGGACAGGUCAGAUAAGAGGAUGACCUUACCUUCCAGAUUCCAGAAGGAAGUACACGCCCACCUCUCCAGGAACCCUCAGCAGAGCAAUGCUCCUGCCAAUCUGAAUGAGAGUACACCGCCGUCAAAAACCAGGACGCCUCACUCGGGUUCCUACAGUCCCAAACUGGUCCAGUCCCGCCUCAAGGAGGUGCUGAACAAACACAGCAACGGACUUUGGGUGUCCAAGCUUCCGCAGCUGUAUCGCGAGCUUUACAAGCAGGAGCUGCCCAGUGAGGCUCUGAAAGACCUGGAGCACUGGACACACAUAUGCACUGUUGAGAAGCCCUGUAGUAGCAAGCCUCAGGAGUUACUAGUCUAUCCCGCUAAAGACGCCAACCAGACCACCACCCCUUCCAGUCCUACGACAACUACAAAGGACAGGCAUUCGGCGGUCACCCAGAAAUCCGCCACGCCCGCUCAGCCGUCGCCCAGAAAGCCUUCUGGGUCGACGCAAAGCCCCACGUCGUCCCCCAAGGUCCUGUCUCCAGACCUGAAGCAGAAGUUGACGGAGCUCCUCCUGAAGUACAGCAGUGGCCUCUGGGCCCACGCCCUCCCCAAGCUCUACCAGGACACAUACAAGAGCAAGCUCCCUGAGUACGUCCUGGAGAACCUGAACCUGCUCUCCGACAUCUGCACCAUAGACUACCCCAUGCCGGACAAUCCGAAGAGGGCCAUCCUGUACGUCAAGGCCCAGGAGGAUGAGAACUGUAACCGGACGGACAUGGCCGACUUGCGGGCGAGGGAGGAGGCCGGGAGACGCCUCAGUGUCCAGGCUGUGCCCCCACUUGUCAUUCCCAAAGAGGAGUACCCCUCAGUGCUGGUGGUGGAGGCCAGCAACACCAAUAGUGUCAUUUUAAGGUACAUUGGGGAAGGCUACUCGAAGGCUCAGGAGAAACUAGAGGAUGAAAUGAAGGAAUUUUAUGGACAGGACAACACAGCAAAGACCCUGACCUCGCCGUCACCGGGUCAGCUGGCCGCUGUCCGUGCUGAGGAAGAGGAGGAAGUCCUUCGGGCACAAGUCUCUGAAGUCAUGCCCAACAAGGUCAAGGUUUAUUAUGUGGACCAUGGCUUUUCAGAAGUCAUCAACAAAAACAAACUGCUGGAACUGCACGAGAGAUUUUUCAGACUGCCUUUCCAGGCCACAAAAUGUAAACUGGCUGGCCUCGAGGUGUUUUGUCAUGAGUCAGCGGUCCUUAAAAAGUUUGAGACCAUGGCGAGUGGAAAGAUCCUGUUGGCUGAGAUUUUGCAGAGGGAGGAAACCCCUCUGGUGGUGCUUUAUGACACGUCGCAAGACGAUGACGUCAACAUCAAUUCCGCCUGCUUGAAAGCCAUGCAGGACAAGUCACUGGAGAGCCCCCUGCAGGUGAACAGUGCCUAUAUGAACGUGAGUGUAACCAGCGUAUGUUCAGACGGGACCUUUUGCUGCCAGCUUCCAUCCAGAGGCUUAGCCAAGCUCAACGAGAUUCUGGAGAAGACCGAAGCUUAUUUUCAUUCACAGGUUACAUCAGAGUCACUGGUUUCCAGACCUUUCUGUGGGAAAAUCUGUCUGGCUCGUUACAAAGGCAAAUGGUCCCGUGUUGAGAUCACUAACCUGCAUGGCAGUCGGGUGCUAGACAUCUUGUUUGUGGAUUUAGGCGUCCAGGCCUCUGUGGAGGUCAUCGAGCUGAGGGAAGUCCCGCCUCCUUUCCUGCGUGACCUCAUCGCCAUUCCUCCCCAGGCAAUAAAGUGUUGUCUGGCAGACCUGGCCGUGAGUGUGGGCUCAUGGACUCCGGAUGCUGUGCAGUGGCUGAGGGAUAUGGUUCUCCACUGCAACGACUGCAGCCUUAGAAUUGCCAGAUUGGACGAGACCACGCACAUUGUGCACGUUUACCUCUUCACAAGCAAGAACUUUCACGACACGGAGCGCAGUCUCAACCGGCAGCUGGCCGACUCUGACCUGUGGAAACACCAGAAGGACGUCUUCCUGAGCAGCCACGGCCCACCACCCAAAACCAACACCCCCACUUCCCCUCCGACAACCACCACUAAUACAAGCACCAAUGGAAACAGGGUCCCCCAUGGGCCCAAAAGGGCUCACUGUCAGCCUGGUUCAAGGGUGGGGACUCCACCCAGUACUCCCCCUGCCAGCUUGGUGCUGCCCCCCAUGCUGGAACUGCCUGCCAUUGGGCAGAACAUGGACAUCUAUGUGUCUGUGGCGUGCCACCCUGGGCACUUUGUGCUGCAGCCUUGGCAAGACAUGUACAAGCUGGUGGUACUGAUGGGCGAGAUGAUUCUCUACUACAACAAGACGGAGGAGAAGCCCCUGGUGGUGGAGAAGAACCAGGUGUACGCUGCCAAAGUGGAGAAUAAUUGGCACCGGGUGCUGGUGAAAGGGGUCCUUACAAACGGCAUGGUGUCGGUCUACGAGCUUGACUACGGCAAACAUGAGCUGGUCAGCUGUAACCAGCUGAGACCUCUCAUCCAGGAGUUCCGCCAACUCCCGUUCCAGGGCAUCACUGCCCAGUUGGCAGGUGUGAAGCCCAGACAGUGGUCAGAGGAGGCUUCGAUUGUUUUCAGAAACCACGUGGAGAAGAAACCUCUGGUGGCCCAGCUGGAGACAGUGCAGGAAGCCACCCACCCAUGGGACCGUAAGGUGACCGUCUACCUGGUGGACACCUCACAAGAGGAGAGAGACAUCUGGGUUCACGACAUCAUGGCUGAAUUCGCUGACGAGCUAUCCACAGCCGCGUAG